AGAAUUAAGUCUUGUUCUGAUACCAUCUGAUUGAGGGCCACACCAAGCAGUCUGCUUUCUCUUUCCUUCAGGCCAAUGGCAUCAUGCAUCCUUGGGUAGUCAUCCUGGGCCUCCUACUCCUUCCAGAUGGUGUAACCUCUUACCAUCAAGUGACUGGAGUGGUGGGUCAGAGUGUCACUCUACCCUGCUACUAUAAUGGAGAAGUCACAAGCAUGUGUUGGGGCCGAGGGGCAUGUCCUUGGUUGAACUGUGGAACUAACAUCAUCUGGACUGAUGGAUACAGAGUCACCUAUCGGAGGGAUGGACGUUAUCAGCUAAAUGGCAAUAUUCGUGGAAGGGAUGUGUCUUUGACCAUAAACAAUGCUGCCGUGUCUGACAGUGGCUUGUAUUGUUGCCGAAUUGAGGUGAGAGGGUGGUUCAAUGACAUAAAAACCACCCUAGAGUUGAGGAUCAAUCCAGCUCCACCUACAACGAGAACGACCACCACCACUACUACUACAACAACACCUACCACCACUACUCCAACAACCACCCCCACUACAAGAAGGACAACUACCACCACUACUCCAAGAAGAAGCAAUAGAAGAAAGAGAGCUGCCACCACUACUCGAAGAAGAAGCAAUAGAAGAAAGACGACUGCCACCACUACUCCAAGAAGAACCACUAGAAGAAAGACAACUGCCACCACUACUCGAAGAAGAAGCAAUAGAAGAAAGACAACUACCACCAUUACUCCCAGAAUAACCACUAGAAGAAAGACGACUGCCACCACUACUCCAAGAAGAAGCAAUAGAAGAAAGACAACUCCCACCACUACUCCAAGAAGAACCACUAGAAGAAAGACAACUACCACCAUUACUCCCAGAAUAACCACUAGAAGAAAGACAACUGCCACCACUACUCGAAGAAGAAGCAAUAGAAGAAAGACAACUCCCACCACUACUCUAAGAAGAAGCAAUAGAAGAAAGACAACUCCCACCACUACUCUAAGAAGAAGCAAUAGAAGAAAGACAACUCCCACCACUACUCUAAGAAGAAGCAAUAGAAGAAAGACAACUCCCACCACUACUCCAAGAAGAACCAGUAGAAGAAAGACAACUACCACCACUACUCAAAGAAGAACAAACAGAAGAAAGACAACUACCACCACUACUCCAAGAACCACUACCACCACCUCCACUACUCCAAGAACAACCACCACUACAAGAAAGACAACCAUUACUACUACUCCAAGAACCACUACCACCACCAGCACUAGCACUACUCCAAGAACAACCACCACUAUGAGAAAGACAACCAUUACUACUACUCCAAGAACGACUACCACUACUCCAACAACUACCACUACUACCCCCAAAACAACAACCACCGCGACUCCAACAACCGCCACCACCAUCUCCACUACUCUAAGAACAACCACCACUAAAAGAAAGACAACUGUUACUACUACUCCAAGAAUGUCUACCACUACUCCAACAACCACCACUACUACUCCCAAAACAAUAACCACCAUGACUCCAACAACCACCAUGACUCCAACAACCACCACCACCACCUCCACUACUCCAAGAACAACCACCACUAUGAGAAAGACAACCAUUACUACUACUCCAAGAACAACCACUACAAGAAAGACAACUACCACCACUACUCCAACCACAAUGGUCACCACUGCUCCAACAACCACCACCACUGCUGUGCCAACAACAAUCAAUACCACUACUCCAACCAUGACAGUCACCACUGCUCCAGUGACAGCAAGGUCCUCUACUUCUGCUCUUCCAAUGCCAGCACCCACAAAGGACCUCCAGCCAGCUUCUUUAUCUUCUCCAAGUCAGACAGCAGAAAGCCAGCCUACUACCCUGUAUGAAACAAACAUAACCAGCUCACCAUGGCACUCUUGUUCAACAGAUGGAAAUGGCACUGUGACACCAUCUCAUGAUCCCCAAUGGCAUAACAAUCAAACUGUUGAGGCGCUGGCACAGGAAACAUGGAUGAGCACCAACAAGGGAGUCUACAUUGGAAUCUCGGUUACUAUUUUAGCAUUGUUGGUCAUGUUUGUGGUAUUCUGGAUUAGGAGAAGAUAUUUUUGCCUGGGGAGCAAGGCGGAGCUACUACGUGUGAUUCCAUUGAAAGAUACUCGCAUUGGAGCUUUGAAAAAUGCAGCUCUGAAGCCUAUCCAAGCAGAAGACAAUGUCUACAUUAUUGAUGACUAUCACUAGGUCCUGGAUCCAGAUUCUAAAGUAUUAUGCCCUUGACUAUAGCAGACAGUGACCAGGCACCAUAUGAGUCCUGUCAAUCAGCUGCAGAAUUUUUCAGUCAUUUUCCCAUGGCAUUCCUAUGAGUCAGGGACACUGGGUAGAGUGAUGCUAGGUCAACUGUGUAAAGUCAACACUGUCACAGAGUCCUAAUUUUUUAUACUAAAUUGGCUCAAACUUUCUGAUCAUUGCAGAGGUCUCUUCAAAACAUGAAACAUACUUCUUAGAAUUGUACAUUCUCUUUAGAUCUCAUGAAUCCUGUUUUCCAUCAAGAAUUCUCAUUGGCAAGAUAGAAAAAACACUUCUACCUCAGUUACCAAGGCUGUCAAGAAUACCUGAAAACAACUUAGAAUUAGAACAUCUAGUCUGGGACUUAGAGGACUUAACAUGGAAGCAUUUCAUGAUUGUCCCUUUUUUUUUUUUUUUUUUUAAUAAAGUGACUCCAAAUGUGAUAUUGCAUAGGGUCCUCAAGGUUUCAAAUCAUGGUGUGUACAGGUUUCUAUUUAUCCAAUAGAAAAAUGUAGGUGAGUGUGAUUUUCCCAUUAUAGACAAAUUUGGUUUCUCAGGGUUCUGGAAAUACAGGGCAUUAAAUGCUUUCUUUGGGAGGAGGAUGGUAUUUUAGCAGUUAGAAGAAGCAAUGGUAUUGAGUAGACUAUGAAGGCACCAGAAGAAAAUCAAUAGCCAUAUAAUUUAUGAUAUUUUUGCUACCUCAGUGCCACAGUUCUAGGUACUUAUAUUGACAACUGGGAGGCUCUGAUUUUUAGAAUGAGUCAGGGCAGAAAUAAA